AUGCCGUUGGCAAGGGGCUCGAACCUAACCCUAGAUGUUGCACAGCCGCAUGGAGAUGCUCCUUCUCCUGGGUCAUGCGCUCAUGCUACGGGCUGCUGCCCUCUUCUUCCGCAGCGAAGCAGGGGUGGGCCGGGCUGGGAGAAGGCGGCGCGGCAGGGAACACGGUGUCGGCAGCGUGGCAGGGAGCACGGCGUCGGCGGCGCGGCCUGGCAGCGGGACGGGAGCGGAGGGGGCGCGCCGAGACCGGACGAGUGCGGGGGGCGCGGUGACUGGGCGGAGUGGCUCGUGCGUGCGGUCGUGCGGGAGGAGAUUGGGGCGGGUUGUGCGGCCGUGCGGGGAAGGGGAGGCGGCGGUGUGCGGCACAAAUUUCGAUGCGGCUUCACCACGGUUUGGAGAACGGGUCGAGUUCUGUCUUUUCGGAGUAGAGAUGAACUUAAAACAAACUAG